AUGGCCUCGGCUGCAAUGUCACCAACUGACGAUGACGAGCUUACUCUUCCUCGUGCAUCAAUUAAUAAAAUAAUCAAGGAAAUCUUGCCUCAUGUGCGAGUGGCAAACGAAUCCAGAGAGCUCAUCUUGAACUGCUGUACAGAAUUCAUUCACUUACUGUCUUCCGAAGCAAAUGAAAUUUGCAAUCAACAACAAAAGAAAACUAUAAAUGCGGAACAUGUUCUACAAGCACUUGAUAAAUUAGGUUUUGGUGAUUACAAUGCAGAAGCAGAAGCUGUAUUACGUGAUUGCAAAGCUGUAGCAGCUAAAAGAAGACGUCAAA